GGGGCCGCAGCCCCCUGAGGUCGCUGGCGUCCAGCUGCAGGCAGCCGAGGUGGCCAACGUGCAGCUCCAAGCCCUGCCGCAACCCUUGGAGGUGACAAACGUCCAGCUCCAAGCGACGGAGGUGACCAGUGUCCAGCUCCAAGCCCUGCCGCAGCCCUUGGAUGUCACCAACGUCCAGCUCCAAGCUGCCGAGGUGACGAAUGUCCAGCUCCAAGCCCUGCCACAACCCUCCAAGGUGACCAACAUCCAGCUCCAAGCCAGUGAGGUGGCAAAUGUCCAGCUCCAAGCCCUGCCACAGCCCUUGGACGUCACCAACAUCCAGCUCCAAGCUGCUGAGGUGACGAAUGUCCAGCUGCAGGCCUUGCCACAGCCCCUGGAUGUCACCAACAUCCAGCUCCAAGCCAGUGAGGUGGCAAAUGUCCAGCUGCAAGCCCUGCCACAGCCCUCCAAGAUGACCAACAUCCAGCUCCAAGCCCUGCCACAACCCUCAGACGUCACCAGCAUCCAGCUGCAGGCCACGGAGGUGACAAAUGUCCAGCUGCAAGCCCUGCCACAGCCCUCUGAGAUCACCAACAUCCAGCUGCAAGCCACAGAGGUGCCCAGCAUCCAGCUCCAGGCCACAGAGGUGCCCGAUGUCCAGCUCCAGGCCAUGGAGGUGCCCAACAUCCAGCUGCAGACCACAGAGGUGCCCAGUGUCCAUCUCGAAACCACUGAGGUACCUGAUGUGCAUCUCGAAACCACUGAGGUGCCCAACAUCCAUCUCCAAGCCACAGAGGUGCCCAACAUCCAUCUCCAGACCACAAAGGUGACCAAUGUUAUACUGCAGGCCACCGAGGUGACCAAUGUCCAUCACCAAACCAUGGAGGUGCCCAGUGUCCAACUCCAGGCCGCAGAGGUGCCCAGUGUCCAUCUCCAGGACACAGAGGUGACCACUGUCCACCUGCAAGCCACUGAGGUGCCCAGCAUCCAUCCUCAAACCACAGAGGUGACAAAGGUCCAUCUCCAGGCCACAAAGGUGCCCAGUGUCCAUCUCCAGACCACUGAGGUGCCCAGUGUCCAUCUCCAAGUCACAGAGGUGCCCAGCAUCCAUCUCCAGACCACAGAGAUGACCAGUGUCCAUCUCCAAGACACCGAGGUGUCUGGUGUCCAUCACCAAAUGAUGGAGGUGCCCAACAUCCAUCUCAAGAUCACGGAGGUGCCCAACAUCCAGCUGAAGACAAUGGAGUUGACAAAUAUCCAUCUCCAGGCCACUGAGGUGCCCACCACCUGUCACCAAACCAGUGAGGUGCCCAGUGUCCAUCUCCAAGUCACGGAGGUGCCCAGCGUCCAACUCAAGCCCACAGAGGUACCUAACAUGCAUCUCAAGACAACGGAGGUGCCUAAUGCCCAACUCGAGACCACAGAGGACAUGCCCAGCACACAACUCAAGACCAUGGAGGUGCCCGACAUCCAACUCAAGACUGUGGAGGAGGUGCCCAACAUCCACCUCAAGCCCGCAGAGGUGCCUGAUGUCCAACUCAAGACCGUGGAGGUACCCAACAUCCAGCUCAAGUCUGUGGAGGUACCCAACAUCCAACUCAAGACGAUGGGGGUACCCAAUACCCAACUCAAGACCACAGAGGUGCCCAACAUCCAACUCAAGCCUACGGAGGUGACAGAUGUCCACCUCCAGGCCGCAGAGGUGUCCAACGUUCAGCUGCAGCCCCCUGAGGUGCUUGUGGCGGGUGAAAGCCUGUCGCCGUCCCCGCAGCUGGCGGUG